GUUUCUAAAUGUACACUUUCAUUUAAUUUGUUUUAACGUUUUUGCUUAUGAAUUAUAUGAUGAUGGAUAAUGGUCUACUAAGCUAUACUGAUUGCUGUAAUAAAUUGGAAAGAAUAGCUUCGAGGCGCAGAAUUUAUGGAUCCGGAUGUAAAUCAAGUAAAAAGGACUCUAAGCAAAACCAACUCACGGAUCAAGAUGUCAAAAAUGUGUUUAGCAAAAUUCCGUUCGUAUGCACAGGUUCGCCAAGUAAAAGUUAUCACAUAGGCUUGAACAUACAAACCGCACUGUCAAUGGUCAAGCAAUUUCGAGAACGAAGGUUCGAUGCAGAUCAAGAGUGGACAGAGUCGAACAAUUUCCUCACAGAAUCCAAACUGUUCAACAAGAACAACAACGGGGCUUGUGGAUCACAAUUCUCAGAUUCCCAGCCAUAUUGCCCUGCCAUGUCUGAAUAUGGGACAGACUCACAAGACGAAGAUCAGACGUAUGACGGAACCCCGCGUGAUCCAUGGGCCGUAAGACAAACCGAUGCUGACGACGAUAAAUCUAAUUGCGCGCACAAUAAGAGCUCGUGUAAUUGCUCCACUCGGUUUAUGGACAGCUAUCAACAGGUCAUGGGUCCGUACAUAAAGCAACAUUUUAAACGCAAACAAAAGUCUUUAGACAAAGUAAAUAAUCCGUACGUCAAAGAGAAAACCGUACAGCACUUCGAGACGUUAUCCCAGCGAAUUCAAGAGCUCAAACUUACCAUGAUGUCCAUGACCGCCGAAUGCGUUACGCUAACUAAGAAAUACAGCAAAUUGUACGAACAAUACUCGAGGAAUCGAGACGAUAGACUUGUUCCUAAAUUACUGGAAAUCGAAGACGAAUUAACUCGUUUAAAGACAAAAGUCGAAGAAGCCGUUGACAUGUAUAAAGAGGCGGCUAUAUUUAUAAAUGUCCAAGCUCCAGACGAGGCGACAUCAUCGUAUGAGCUAACCCUUGAUGAUAAUGAAAUUAUACCAAAGGAAACAAACGUUACGCGCUUAACUAGAUUGAUGAGAAGAAUUCAGAAUUUCCAAGAAAAAUUGAAAACCGGUUGUUUUUGUAAAAAAAUUAUUGAAAGCACAUAAUAUUUUUUGCUGCUUCUUAU